AUGAAGGCCUCAAUAUUCGCAGUCCUUACCUCCCUUUUCCUCUUCCACAUCCAAUAUGCUCUCUCUUGGCCCGGAAUGACCACAACCCUGAAGGACGUGAUGUCCAUGGGCAAGCGUCAAACAAAUAACGAUGGAGACGAACCAAAGGAGCUCAUCGGUGAUCUACUGACACUCUCCGACUCGCAGCUAACGCCUGUUGCCGCCGACAUCAAAUCCAUACUGCUGGGAACGGGCUCGGCAGAAUCGUCUACGAUAGAUACUACCAUAACGCCGCCCUUGGGAUCGAAGGCUUGCGCCGCAGACACGUGCUGUGCAUACAAAUGGUUGUCUUUGGCCAUGAUCAAGAAGUUCGCCGGCUCUUCUGGACGAUGCACUAGGUUUGCGCGUGCGGCUGUUCGUCUAGGGUUCCACGAUGCAGGGGCCUGGAGCAAAACUUCUGCUUUUGGUGGAGCAGACGGCAGUAUCCUUCUCACCAACGAGCUGGACCGUGUCGACAACAAAGGACUCCAGGAUAUAGCCGCCGUCACAAAGGCAUGGUACAAGCAGUACCAGCCCUAUGGUAUCAGUAUGGCAGACAUGAUCCAGUUCGGAGCCACAGUGGCGACUGUAGUGUGUCCUCUUGGUCCACGAAUCAAGUCGUAUGUUGGACGCAUAGAUAACCCCAAGGCCAACCCAGAAGGACUGCUACCGGGUGUGAACGACUCAGCGGACAAGCUCAUCGACAUGUUCCGGCAAAAAACCAUUGAUCCACACGGCUUGGUCGCUCUCGUGGGAGCGCACACAACAAGCCAGCAGCACUUCGUCAACAUAUCGCGAGACGGCGACCCUCAGGAUAGCACUCCAGGAGUAUGGGACGUGAAGUUCUACGGCGAGACGUUGCAGCCAAACCCGCCCGUCAGAGUGUUCAAGUUUGCGAGUGAUGUUGCCUUGAGCAAAGAUCCAAGAGCUUCCAGUGAGUGGAACGAGUUCGUCAAUGGUCAGAGUCACUGGAACGAGGACUAUGCGCAAGAGUAUGUUCGCCUGAGUCUACUGGGCGUCAAGAAUAUAAAUUCUCUCAAGGAAUGUACGAAGGUACUGCCGCCAGCCAAGAAGUCAUACACUGCGCCAGACCAGUUGUAUCUUACCUUGUGGCUAUCCGGAAAAUAUCCGCAGCUGGGAAAAUACAUCGACGACGCACAGUCACUCCUGGAGCUUGUGGGGAGUAUCCUUCCGAUACUCAAGAAUGUUCUCGGCGGGAGGAUAUGA